AUGAAUCCUUCAACAUCGACUAAAUUUACUUUACUUCAAAAAAUAUUGUUGAACCGUUCAAUUUACUUAACUCGGUUAGCUUCAUUUUUGCCCAAUGAUGUUAUUGAAGCCUCUUCUCUACACGAAGAAAUCCCUGGAAAUGAACCGAAACAUGUUCAUGAAAUGGUUGGAAGGAAACGUCUGACUCGAGUAGUUUAUGGAUCUGGGCUUUGUUCAACUGGCGCUUUAGCAAUAGAAAAGCUUUUGACACCGCCUGUGCUUAAACAAUGUUUAUUUCAACCUAUGCGUAUUAUACGUAUGAACACAAGAAAAAUCCGUUUUAUUGCUGCUGGCUGUGGAUUUUCUUUAUUUGCUUCUAAUAUUGAACUUUACGGAUCAGGCCUAAAUAAUUUUUAUCAAAUUUCUGGACCGAAGAGAAGAGACGAAGAUGAAAGGCCAAAUUUAGAAAGUGGUUAUGCUGGAAGAAAUGAAGCAGAAAUGUGGUAUAUACACGGAAGGAAAAUAGUUUUACCCGAAGAUAUUGGAAAUAUUCGAUGUAUAAGUGCUGGACGCAUGCAUUCUGUAGUGCUCACAGAUUCCAACAAAAUUUUCUGUUUUGGAAGUAAUUCGCACGGACAAUGUGGAGCCGAUCCACUUGAACAUCCAGUUGUUACUCACGAUAAGCAGCAUGAACUUAAAGAAAUGGAUGUUUCUACAAUUUUAGAAGAAGAUGUUGAGAUUGUUAAGGUCCACGCUUCUUUAGACACCUCUUUCGCUUUGUGUUCCAAUGGAAAAUUGUUUGCUUGGGGUUUAGGAACUGAUGGACAAUUGGGAAAUGGAAAUGAUCAAUUUCAAUGGAAACCUUCUUUGGUUCGAGGUGAUUUGGAAGGUGAAAGAAUUGUGGAAAUUGGUGGAAGUACAGAGUUUAUAUUUCUCCCUCAACAAGUUCCUUUUAAAUUAGGGAAAAUUGUUGGAGCAGAAGCAACUGGAGUUUCAUGGUUUUUUAAUUCUAAAUAUUUUAAAAUUUUUCCAAGUAUUGUUUGUAAUUCUGACGGUCAAGUCUUUACUUGGGGUUCUCAUGUACUCGGUUUUGGACCCAAAGUUGAAAAAUUAACAAAGCCAAUGCAAAUUGACCCACCUUUAUUUACUUCAGCAAUGAAUGAAAAAAAUUGGGUUGUUAAGGUUUUUGCUGGUGGUAGUUGCAUGGGAGCAUUGACUGAAGCGGGACAUUUGUUCACUUGGGGCUCAAAUAAACACGGCGUUUUGGCACUCUCUCACCGAAAUCAUCAAUAUUUUCCUUUCCAGGUUUCUUUUGCUGAAAGUAUUAAAGAUGCAUCUUUUGGUCCACACCAUUCGUUAUUUUUGACAAAUAAACAAACAACAGAAAAUUCUGAAGCAAACAAACUUCACAAAAAUAUUUUUUGUGAUGGGUGCCAUAAAGAAAUUCGUGGUAGACGUUAUAAAUGCUUGGUUUGUACGGACUUUGAUUUGUGCCAUUUGUGUGAACAAAAGAAUGAACAUUUUGGGCAUGCUAUGAUGCGUUUGGUUACUCCAAAAACAUUAUUGCCAGAUUUCGUAAGGGCGCAGUUUGAAGACCAUCAUUUUAAGCAACAAAAGCCGUCAACGAGUCAACAAGGAACUUUAAAUCAGAAAAAGUCUGUUGUUAAACCUAAGAAGAAGAAAUCUUCAAAGAAGAUUCCUCCAAAGAAAAUUAUUCAAAAAAUUACUACAAGGAAAAUUACGUUGCCGACGACUAUGAGAAUCUGCAAAAGAAGUAAUAUUAAAGAAGAGCCGGUUUCUGAUGUGCUUCAAGUCUGAA